UGGGGUGGGGGUGGGGGUGGGGGGUCGCUUGGGGCGCCUGAGCUCGACCUGUGGGCCCAGGAUGGACCUCCAGGACGAAGCGGCCGCAGUGGUGAUGGCCUCGCGGCUGCCGGCAGCACGACUUCAGGAGCCAGUGACUUUCCGGGACGUGGCCGUGGACUUUACCCAGGAGGAGUGGGGACAGCUGGAUCCUACCCAGAGGACUCUGUAUCGUGAUGUGAUGCUGGAGACCUUUGGACACCUCCUCUCUGUGGGUCCUGAGCUUCCCAAACCCAGAGUCAUUUCCCAGUUGGAGCAAGGGACUGAGCUCUGGGUGGUCGAGAGAGUAGUCACCAGGGAUUGCCAUCCAGGCUGGGUGCUUGGACCAGAAAUCCACACAUCACUUAAGGAGCAAAGCCUUCUUGAGAAGGACCCAUUCCCUGUCACAGAAAGGGAAGGGUUUCCAAGGAAUGCUCCUUGUCACUCCAUGACAAGAAUAGAUGGGAAGUGUGGGUCCCAGAGCCGAACAUUCAGGAAGGACUGGAGUAAUACGAAGCAGCUGGAAGGCCUCAAAGAAGUACCAGUUCAAAGUGAAAACUAUGAGAGUCUUGGACUUGGGGGAAACUGUGACCUUAGUUCAAACCCAGACCCAUUACCAGAGAUUUCUGAGAGAAAGUAUUCCUCUUAUGACUCACAAGUGAAAAACACAGAAUGUAACUCGAGCUUACCCAGGCAGCAGACAGACUCCCCAGUAGCACAGCCCCUCGAUGGCAGUGGCCGUCACAAAGCCUCUGACCAGACUGUCUCUGCUAUAGAACUCACAAAAAGCCAGGUGCAGGAUAAACCCUACAAAUGCACUGACUGUGGGAAGUCAUUUAACCAUAAUGCACACCUCACAGUGCACAAAAGGAUCCACACAGGAGAACGACCUUACAUGUGUAAAGAGUGUGGGAAAGCCUUCAGCCAAAACUCCUCUCUUGUUCAGCAUGAGCGAAUCCACACUGGAGACAAGCCUUACAAGUGUGCCGAAUGUGGAAAAUCUUUUUGCCACAGCACACACCUUACUGUGCAUCGUAGAAUUCAUACAGGAGAGAAACCCUAUGAGUGUCAGGACUGUGGGAGGGCCUUCAAUCAGAAUUCAUCCCUGGGUCGGCACAAGAGGACACACACUGGGGAGAAGCCAUACACCUGCAGUGUAUGUGGGAAAUCCUUCUCUCGAACCACUUGCCUCUUCCUGCACCUCCGCACGCAUACCGAGGAGAGGCCCUAUGAGUGUAACCACUGUGGGAAGGGCUUCAGGCACAGCUCUUCCCUGACCCAGCACCAGCGGAAGCAUGCCGGAGAGAAGCCCUAUGAAUGCCGACAGAGGCUGAUCUUUGAGCAGGCACCAGCUUUAACAAAACACGAAUGGGCAGAAACCCUUGGCUGUGACCCACCUUUGACUCAAGAUGAAAGGACUCAACGGAGUGACAGGCCCUUUAAAUGUAAUCAGUGUGGAAAAUGUUUCAUUCAGAGCUCUCACCUCAUUCGACAUCAGAUAACUCACACCAGAGAAGAAGGGCCCCGUGGACGCACCCGAAGACGUGAACAGUCAUGUGGCCGGGCCUCAAAGCCCAUGCGGCAUCAACACUCAAAUUCAGAAGAGAGCCCUGUAGACCAGGCAAAGGCAGGACAGCCAGCCAGCAGGGCUCUGGCCUUGUUUGACCUCCAUGAAAUCAGGCAGGAGAAAAACCCUGUGCAUGUUAUUGGGGUACAAGAACCUUCCCUGUUAUUUGACAUCAGAGAAUCCACAUAGCAAGGAAACUCCACAUGACCUUUGAACCACAGGUGCACACAGUGGUAAGUCUACCCAAUGUACUAAGUUAGAGAAGAUGGCCUAAUGCUGAUGCGGAUCUCUGACCUUUAACAAAUGGUGCUUCCCAAACAACUGAGGUUGGUGAUUCCCCCAGCAGACUUGGGUUUUGUUUUUGAGACAGGGUCUCAUAUAGCCCGGGCUGGGCUUGAAUUUGCGUGUAUCCAGGGAUGACCUUGAACUCCUGAUCCCCCAGCCAACACCUCCUAAGUGCUGGGUUACAGUUGUGUUACACCAUACCCAGUGACAACAGACAUUUUUGGUUUUGGGGUUUUUUUGUUUUUUUUGUGGGUUCUUUGUUUGAGGUAGGAUCUCACUCUAGCCCAGGCAUAUUUGGAACUCUGUAGCCCAGGCUGGCCUGGAACACACUGCAGUCCUCCUACCUCAGCCUCUGGAGUGCUGGGAAUUACAGGCAUGAUCAAUGCGACAGACAUCUUAAGAUGUUUUCUCCGUCAACCCAGAGUGAGCUCGGCAGAGAUAAAAAUUUACUCACAUAGAUAAAGCCAAAAGAUCAGCACAUGACCCUAUUUUUGUAAAGGACUGUUAAAGUGAGAGUAAUUUUAUAAUAGAAUAAUGUGUACUGAGUUAAUAUGGUAUCUCGCCAUGUCAUUAUGCGGGCCCAGUUUCACCAGGAAAUCUGAGGCAACAAUAUGUUACUUGCAGACUGGUAAAACAUAUCCUGUUUGCCCCCAAAAUACCAUAAGGGAUAUUCCUGUGCCAGAUGUGAUUUUCAGAGUAGUAACUAACUCUUGUGAAAAUUCUGAACAAAACAAAAUGAUACUGCAUUUCUGGGAAAUUCUGCCCAAAUUCCAAAUAUAAAAGAAUUGGUUAAUGUUUAUGUUUGAA